AAGAAGAAGAGUAUUAACGUUGCUGUAUACUCCUUAUGACUGAGACUAUUAAAAUUGAGGUUAAAAAGUAUUUCGAGUUGAGUUAAAUCAAAACAAAAAACAAAUUUUCAUUCACCAUAAAAUGUCUGAAUACGAUAAAGUUCGCGUUGGAAAAUUGAUAUUGAAAGGGGAAAAAAAUAAAUCGAAAAAAAGAAAACACAAACCUAAACAAAAAGAACAAGAAAGUCCAAAAAUUGACCUCGACAGCACACAACACGGUAAUUGGUGGUGUGUAAAGAAAAAAGACGAUAUAGUAGGUCCGAUAGCUAUAGAAUUUGGAAAACAUACGUACGUUAGAGCGUUAGAUAAUGGUCUUUUUACAUUGGGAGCUCCACAUAAAAACGGCGAAGGUCCUUCACCUGAGGAAAUUUUAACCGGCGUACCUAUUGACGACCGAAAGGUCGCGUUAAAAUCCGGCUACAAUAAGUAUUUAAGAGUCGAAAAAAAUGGUGUAGUUACGGGAAGAUCUGACGCUAUCGGAGCUAUGGAACAAUGGGAGCCUAUUUUUGAAGACGGUAAAACUGCUUUGUUAGGGUACAAUGACUGUUUCCUGGGUGUAAGUGCAAAGGAUGACACAAUUGUGGCUGAGGUUAAAAAAGCUGGAUCCGAACAGUUUAUUACUAUCCGUUCUCAAACCGUUAAAGAAGAAAAGAAUGUAUCUGAUAUCGGAACAGAAGAUCAAGGAGAUGUUAAUCAAAUUGAAAUUAAUUAUGUGAAGAAAUUUCAAAAGUUUCAAGAUAAAAGGUUGAGGAUAUGUACUGAGGGAAAGGAUGAACUGAAGAAAGCCCAGCAAGAAGGGAAUUUACAUGAAUCUUUAUUAGAUAGAAGAAGCAAAAUGAAAGCAGAUAGAUAUUGUAAAUAAUGCAUUUGAGUUUUUAAAAUCGGUAAUAAAUUUAGGUUAGAAUGUAUAAGUAUCUCAUAUACUUUAACUUUAUUGUAUUAAUGGUAAUAAUAAAAUGUUGAUGAUAA